AUGAUACGUCGUCCGCCCACCGUCAUCUCACUGACCGAGGAUGAUGUAAAUUUCCACAUGCAGCGGAUCUUCGCUCGGUCCUCCACCGCCAUAGCGGCUGACAUCGGCCGACUCGACCUAGAAGAUCCAGAUAAAAGCGCUGAUGCGAUGCAUCAAGACCAACCCAAUCAGACACCAUCGCCAGAGUCGGGCACCAAGCCCCAGGGCCGUGAUACUCAACCUUCUCAAGGUCCGCGCAGCGAUAAACGAAACUCGACCAUGACCGCAUCUGCUUCGACGGGGAUCAGAACACCUCUCGCAUCGACAACCGUCCGCCCAGCCUCCACGAUGCGUGGCGUGACCCACCGAGCCUCUGCUGCUAAUUUUGUCAACUCCAGUGGGGCUUCCAUGGUCGAUGCCGCCGCCGCCCAUUUGGUGUCCUUCUAUUCCUCACAGACUAAUACUCCAACUCCAACGACUCGGACUCGAGAGGCCUCUCCCGCCUCACCUCAACGGAUGCGUCUGACUAUUCCUCCACAGGAAUUUCUAGAGCGCCGGAUCACUCUAUCGCCAAGUAAGAAGAAAGUGGACAGACUAAAGCUCACAAACGAGGACUCCUUGACGCAGAUAAUUGUCAUCGCCGAUGCAACACUCGAGAUAUUGCAAGACUCAAUCUGA